AUGAGCCGCCUGGACGAGGCCGGCCUUGCGCUGGAAGAUGCGAGCUUGCUCCAUGAUGCCAUCAAGAUCUUUGCUCCAAGGGUGCCUGUGCCCGAUGGGAGUGUCAUGUAUGGAAUGAUUUUCAAUCAUCUCGGCACUCCUGGAGAUGAUGAGAAUCAUUACGGCGCAGGCGAGGAGUCUGCUGAGAUUGUCAUCCAGGACACCGUCAUCCACGAUUUGACCAUCAAGCUGAGCGAGGUAACAGCGAUCCUGAACUCUGAUGGCAAGUUUUCCCAAGGACCUGUCAGAGAUCUUUUUCGUGUGUUGGAGGUGGUGAGCAACCGCUUAACAACAUUGGAUGGUGUGGCUUUCCAUCAUAGUUCUAACCAGUAUCAUGAUGAUUGCGUCAACAGCUAUGAUGUUGAGGACCAUGGUUACUUGUACCGCUUGCGAACUGAGGUUGCUUAUGUCGGAGACGUGGUGCACGAUGCUUAUUUGGCCAUGUGGCAGCUUGCCAACUCGUACUAUGAGGCUCAAAUUUAUGCUUCUGGCUGUGGCAACUUUGGCUCUAACGCUACGCUGCCCUGGGCAUAUGAUGUUGGUCGCUGCACACAAGGAGUACCUCAGAAUCCCCAUCUCAAUGGCCGAGACACCGUGCUGCUUCAGAAGAAGUACUUCGGAGGCUUGCACCUAAGCGAGGGACUCUAUAAGUGGGCCACCACAUCCGGUGCAUCACUUGGAGACCUCUUCGUAAGCCGCCAAGUGUCAGAAGACCGCUACUCCUCCAGGCACUCCCUAGUAUGUGACGUUGACACCAUGUUCCACGCGAUGCAGGGAGCAAUCGGUGUGAGAUUGGAAGAGGUUCGCCAUGUCUACAUGAAGAACGUAAACGUGCGAAACAUUUCAAGUCUUGGAGAUCAGCAUGGGCCGACAUGUAUGGCACGCUGGAGACUUCUUUCCAACAAGGAGGAUAUCAUUCCUGAGCGAAGUGUGGCCGAUGAGGGUGGAGGUGCUAAUGCCCGUGGCUUGCAUGUCAAGAUCAGCCAACAGGUUGAGCUGAACGACGUAUCCAUAUCACACAUCGACAGCGAUGAGGGCUUCGCGAUUGGCAUUGAUAUUGCCCCUGAUGAGAAUGACCGCUCGGACUACCGUGACCAACGUGCUGUGUCCUUUGAUGAUGUACGCGUCGAGGCAUUGACGGCGGGUAGGAAGUCCAUGGUGGCUCGUCUGGGCGAUGACCAGUUUAACAUGAAGGAGUUCAAGACAGGGCAGCCGGUCGACAACGGAAACUGGUUCAGGCCUCCGAAGCUAGUGAUCAAGCAGGAGAUAAUCCUUCCGACUGCCCUGCCCGUUGCGGAUCCAGCUGCUUCGCUUGCACUUUUGAAGAGCAACACCAGCUACAACACCGACGAGAAGGCCCGAGGCUUCCUGCUGGACGGCGCUGCGCAGCUGGGCAACAAGUACGGUGUCCGCUUUCCUGAUGGCUACCAGGACUGGCCUGUGGAUCAGCUGCUGUUCGUGCCACUGGAGCCCGACAGCUUUGUCGCCUUCGGAAGCCUUGGUGACACCGAAUAUACAGCCACAGCCGUCUGCGUUGGCACUACUUGUUCGAAGCCGCCUGCGGGUGCCGUGAUCCUGGAUUUUUUUUACGUGUUCUUCACCGGCCCGUCCGGCAUCACCCUGAACGGCACCUUCGGGGGCAAUGCCGGAAAGUUUGCUCCGCCGGGCACUGCCAUUGUUUCCCAAGGCCUCUAUGUUCACCGUGGUCUUGGGAUCAUCGACGGCCUGAACCCGAAUGCCGAGGAUGUGGAGUCGAUCUACUAUGCAGAUUGCCCCUUCUCCAACAUCAACUACCCCAACUACCCCAACUACCCCAACCCCAACCCUUCGGGUGGCUCUGGGUCGGCAACCGUCUCCUAUAUCAACUGCGUCGUGGACAAUCCGAUUCUCGGCCGAGGCCGUGCAACGGGAACAACCAUUACGAAUAACAGUGGCGAGAGCACAACUUUCGUGGUUCAGAAUGCCGUUUUCUUCGAUGAUGAGUGGCCUGACGCAGCGACGAGCUCCGGAAGAAUCACACCCCUAGUCUCGCAGCCCACGUUCCAUCGGGAAUUCCAGACCGAUAUUGUGGUCUUCGCUGAUGGGGUGCUUCCCGUGAGCAGGAGUCGAUCAGGUGCUGACAUUCUUCCGUACCUGUUCGCCCACCACUAUACGCAUGAAGCAGGCAUCAAGUUUCUUCGCCGCUGGACUUCGUUCAAGUUGGACAGCGAGAUAAGAGCGCUUCGCCGCAAUUUCCUUGUCGCCCUGCGGGACACAUUCGGCAUCGGCCUCGUGCAACCGGAUGACUGGAACGACACUCCUCUCCACGCUCAGAUCGACUUGGGCAGGGGAAACACUGUUGUUCCUUACGAGGUUAACCAUUUGAGCAACCAGCGAGCCUUGCUGAAGGUCCUUCCGGACAACAAUGUCGAACAGCUUGGACUGGAUUCCCGCCUGCACGAGGGUGGCUUCCGUCUCCUUGUGGGCAACUCUGGUAUAGACACUUCAGCUCAGCACUUGCCAUUCGGUAGCCUCAUUUUGCAAGGUGUUUACGUGAUCGAGAAUGGAUCCACGGGGAACAUUGAGAUUUCCUUCCGGUCAAAAUUUCCCAUGAUUACAGACCCUUGGAGUACAGUGACUGCUGUGCAAGAGCUUCACAAUCCGGCACUGGGUGAUGGAGAAGCACGCAUCAUGAUCGCAGAGCCAUCUCCGACACCAAUGGGGCAGAAGAUCAACAUCAGAGGCAACUUCGGUUUCCGUGGACCUUGA